AUGUACGAAACCCGCAUAGCAGAGCCAUUGGCUGCCGACCCCGGAUUCGCACCCAUGAAUAAGACCAAGGCCUUCGUGACUACCUACGAGUAUACUGAAAAGCAAAUGGCUGCCGCUAUGACUGCUACUGCUCCCAGAAGCCGUAGUCGUGGAAAUAGUUUGUCUAUCCAGCAGCAAGAGAUUAUGGCUGACCAGUCGCCCAUACGGCAUAAAUCGUCUAUGAAAGCGCCCAGCCCAGAACCCGCUCCCGCUCUGUUUGUCCGGGCUAUGUAUGACUAUGAUGCGGACGAUCACACGAGCUUGAGUUUCCGACGGGGGGAUGUCAUCCAGGUUCUUAACCAGCUGGAAACUGGGUGGUGGGAUGGUGUCAUCAACAAUAAUGUGCGGGGCUGGUUCCCUAGUAAUUACUGUGAUGUGAUUACUGAUUUGAGGGAAUUGGAAGAGCAAGUGGCGCAUGCACAUGAUGAAGGGGAUUUCAGCGCAGACUCGGGCGCGGGAGAAGACCUCGAGGAGGAGCACGACGACGAUGUUGACUCUGCGGGUAACCCCCGGGAUUCACAACCGCUCCUCCCAAUCGAGGGCGUGGAGGCUCCCAAGGAGCAGGAGGAAGCUGCCUUUUGGAUCCCCCAAGCGACCCCGGAUGGUCGUUUGUUCUACUUCAACACGCUCACUGGUUAUAGCACUAUGGAGCUGCCCUUCGAAAACCCAUCUGUCAACGAGAACGGUCCCUACGACCGGAACCAUGUCUUUGUUCCCGACCAGACUCGACCCCCGCCGGAGAUGAUGGCUCGCGGGUUUGAACGAGACGAGGAUGACUACGAUGGCUCGGCGUCUGAAGCUGAAGGCGAGUCUCUGAUGCUUGCCUCUCAUGACUCGAUGUCCCGGAGGCGUCAGUCAUUCAUCGACGGAGUAUCUCCCGCUACAUCUAUGGACUCUCUGCACCCACCGUCUGCGACCAAAUCUUCUAUCAAUGAGGGGAAGAGUCCGAUCAUGCGAAAUCCACAGAAGCAGCUUUACGGCUCCGUGGGUGCAGGGAGCAACCCUUCUAUCGCAGAACCUCUCCACAGGCCUUCCACCUCCUCGGGAUUUUCACAGCAUUUUAUUGAUGAGGGCGCAUCCCCCCCCAUCACCUGGCCUUUGCUCGUGGAUAACAUGAGCCAGGCUGUGGAGGCUUAUCGCCAGACCCUGUUGAGCGGUGAUCGUUCGGAAUACGUGAGGAAGGCUGAAGACAUAUCAGACCAUCUGCGCAUGCUCCUGGCUGCUGGUUCAGACACUACCGAUAACCAUUCUGGAAACCCUUCCAUUAUUUCGACCAACAAGGCAUUAUAUCCUCAUUUCCGCGAUAUGAUGUCUAAAUUCUCGAAGCUGGUUCUUUCAUCACACAUUGCUGCGGCGGAUUGGCCGAGUGUCGAUUCGGUGAAUAAGUGUCUACAGGAAGCGGAUGGUGUCAUGCACGGUGUGUACGGAUAUGUUGAGGUCGCAAGACACCAGCGCGGUGAAUAUAUUCGUCGAAUUACUCCGGGCUUCUUGGCAGGUAGCGCUUCGGGUGGCUCUUGGCAGAAUAAUGGUGUCUCUCUCAACGAGUCUGGUCCAACGUCGUUUUUGGACCAGGAUGGAGCUGAUCUGCGGACUGAGCCGUCGGUCCCUCUUGAAUCCAGUCUUUUGGAACAUAUCGAUGUUCUACGAAGGUCCUUUGUUGGGAGCAUUCGUCGAUUGGAGGAACGCUUAACCCUCAACCAGAAGAAGAUUGUGACCGUUACAGAGCAUGAGGAGAUUAGCGAGUCUGUAGCCGCCUCCGCUGUCAAGGUUAUUGAACAAUUCCGUCCAUGGGGCUCGGCGAUCGAAUCCAUCAACCUUGCGCCCCUGGGAACUAGCUUCCAAAAUCCCCAACUCGUAGAUUUUAGCUUGCAAAAGCAACGAGUCUACGAUGCGAUUGCUGAUUUUGUUCUCAGCUGCCAAGCCAUUUCCGCGCCCUUGGGUGAUGAGUGGGCGGAACUGCGCGGCGACUCUCUCGAUGACCGCUUGAACGCUGUUCGAGCGGUUGCUAGACAACUUGAAAAUUAUGUGUCUCAGAUUGGAUUCUCGCUCUCACUUCUCCUUGAACAGGUUCCAGAGGCAGCGACGCUCCGAAGCGAAAGUCGUGUUGGGGUUGAGACCGAGGCAAUCAAGGGCUUGCAUGGCCGCACUGAAUCGCGUGUAGCGGAUUCAAUCGGUAUCCCGUCUACGCACCCGCUGGAGAACUCGUCAGAGAAAGUGCGGCGUAACAUGGACAAGGCCCAGAGAUUCUUUGGACAAGCUCCGCCGGCAGCCAUCACCCGAGAGCCUAUUCGGGAUUUGGCUCGUGAACCGGAAGAGACGCCAUGGUUCUUGAAGAUGGACCAUGGAGAUGAAGUGUUCUACGACACCAAAGGCGACGUCCCCACCUUGAAGUGCGGUACACUGGCAGGGUUGGUGGAGCACUUGACUCGUCACGACAAGCCCGAUCCCUCUUUCAACAACACUUUCCUUCUUACAUACCGCUCGUUUACAACUGCGUCAGAGCUCUUUGAAAUGAUCACACAGCGGUUCAAUAUUCAGCCUCCAUUCAGCUUGAGUGCAGAUGAGAUGCAGAUGUGGAUUGACAGGAAGCAGAAACCUAUUCGAUUCCGCGUGGUGAAUAUCUUGAAGAGUUGGUUUGAGAACUUCUGGAUGGAACCCAACGAUGAGGCCCACAUGCAGCUCCUCGGACGCGUCCAUGAUUUCACCAAGGAUUCAAUUGCUACCACGAAGACUCCAGGUUCGACUCAAUUGUUGACUGUCAUUGAACAGCGGCUUCGCGGCCAGGACACCACCGUCAAACGACUAGUCCCUACGCAAGCAACCCCUGCCCCGGCUCCUAUCAUUCCGAAGAAUAUGAAGAAAAUCAAGUUCCUGGACAUUGAUCCUACGGAGUUUGCCCGUCAACUCACCAUCAUCGAAUCUCGUCUUUACUCGAAAAUUCGACCAACUGAGUGCUUGAACAAAACCUGGCAGAAAAAGGUCGGGCCUGACGAGCCUGAACCGGCCGUUAACGUGAAGGCCCUGAUUCUUCACUCCAACCAGCUCACGAACUGGGUCGCUGAGAUGAUUCUCAACCACUCCGAUGUGCGCAAGCGAGUGGUAGUCAUCAAGCAUUUUGUCAAUGUCGCAGAUAAAUGCCGCUCUUUGAACAAUUACUCUACCCUGACUUCCAUUAUCUCGGCACUUGGAACUGCACCAAUUCACCGACUUUCGCGUACAUGGUCUCAAGUUAGUGGACGAACUUCUGCUAUUCUGGAACAGAUGCGCAAGCUCAUGGCGAGCACCAAGAACUUUGGCGAGUAUCGUGAAACACUUCAUCUCGCUAAUCCACCCUGCAUCCCAUUCUUCGGCGUGUAUUUAACGGACUUGACAUUCAUUGAAGAUGGUAUCCCAUCUCUCACACCGUCGGAGCUGAUCAAUUUUAACAAACGUGCAAAAACCGCGGAGGUCAUUCGUGACAUCCAACAAUACCAGAACUCACCCUACCUUCUUACCCCGGUUCCCGAAUUACAAGACUAUAUCCUCACUAAUUUACAGGGCACUGGUGAUGUGCACGAUAUGUAUGAACGAAGCUUAGAAGUGGAGCCAAGAGAAAGGGAAGAUGAAAAAAUUGCGAGGUAUGCCACCAGCAGGGAUAAGAGUGCUUUGACUCUUGCAACCCUGGUAAUAUCAUCACGAUAA